AUGUCUGCACCUCGCGUCUGGUUCAUCACCGGCUCCUCCUCCGGCUUUGGCCGCGAGACCGUGAUGCAAGCCCUCGAGAGCGGCGACAAAGUCGUCGCGACACUCCGCAAACCCGCCGCGCUCGACGACCUCGCGAAGAAAUACCCCGCCGACCGCCUCCGCGUCGUGAAGCUGGACGUCACGAAGCCCGACGAGAUCGACGCCGCUUUUGCGCAGGCCAAGGCCGCGUUCGGCCGCAUCGACAUCGUGUUCAACAACGCCGGCUAUGUCGCCAUCGGUGAGGUCGAGGUCAUGCCGGACGACGUCUCGCGCCCGCAGUUCGAAGUCAACUUCUGGGGCGCGGUGCAUGUCUCGCAGGGCGCGGUGCGCUUCUUCCGCGAAGAGAACACGCCGCAGGGCGGACUCCUGCUGCAGAAUAGUAGUCUGGCGGGCCUUGCGGCUAUGCCCAUCGUCGGGUUCUACUCCGCGACGAAGCACGCCCUUGAGGGCUUCAGCGAGUCCCUUGCGAAGGAGCUCGACCCUGCAUGGAAUAUCAAGGUAAUCUCAAUCAUCGAGCCCGGCGCGUUCAAGACAUCCGUUUUUGACCUCGACGCGAACCAUAUGAUCGUGGUACCGCAGCACCCGGCCUACGCCAACCCCGCGCUGCCCGUGUACAAUUUCCGCGGCGCGUUCCUCAAGAGCGGGGGCCAGGAGGUGGACACCUCCAAGGACCUUGCCCCCGUCGACGCGUCGCGGGCGGUCGCGAAGAUCAUCGCGCUGUCGCGGCUGCCGAGCCCGCCGCUGCACUUCCCACUGGGAAAGGACGCGGUUGCCGCCGUGCGCGAGAAGGUGAAGACGUUGACGGAGGAGAUCGAUGCGUACGAGUCGUGGUCGGAUGAUCUGGGCCGGUAG